CGAGUGGUGUACCAAAGGAAUCAGCCCGCGUCUAUGACACAGUAACAUUCCGUGGGCCGCCAUUGAUAAAGCAACGUCUGUGGCCUCGUCACUGCGUCCAGGAUUCAUGGGGCGCCGAACUUCACAAGGAUCUUAAGAAUAACCAUGGCCAGUUGUACGAAAAUAUUACUCAAUCAAACUCGGAAUUAUGCUACGAAAAAAAUGAGUGGUGGUGUUAAAUAUGGAUACAUUACUUACUAUCCACGUCAUCCAGAUCAUGUAGAUCCCCCGAUAACUCCUUCUAAACUGCUAAUGGUACAACGUAUAAAGCCAAUAAAAGGAACACCCUAUUGGAACAGGGAUACUCUGGUACGACUUGGAUUAACUGAAAAGUCAAGCGACAUUGUUAUUGUGAAGAAUAUUCCUGAAGUUAAUAGAGACCUUUGGAGUAUUAAACAUCUUGUAAAAAUCACACCAAUUGAUUUUCCAAAUGGCAUGCCAGAUGACGAUCUCAGUGGUACUUAUCUACACGAAAAUGGUAAAUUGUAUGUUACCCCUAAAAUAGAUCCUGUGCGCUAUGAAUCUACAGAGAAAUUUGAGCAAGAUCCCAAGAGAUUAGAUAAAGAAACAUUAACCAAAUAUUUAAGACUUAGGUGGUUAAGUGGAUUAUAAUUCGUGUAGUAUUUUUAGAAGACGCAUUAAAAAGUGAACAAAUAUAAAAAACAUUAGAAUUA